AUAGUCGAGCAGGCGGCAGGGGCCGUCGGGAACGGUGAGGGUGGGUGCAUAAUGACGGGGCACUUUGACUUGGAGGCGAGGGUGGAAGCAUGCGACUGACUCGGCUGACUGGCAUUACGAUUCCUUUCGACUUUUCAGCGCGGUUUUGUUUUGUAUUACAUUCUCGUGUGACGCGUGGCGUGUGCUGCAGGGGCGCGCAGGGAUGGAGGCGCCGUCGCCCAGCCCCGCGCGCUGCGUGCACUGCGGCGGGCUCGUGCCGCAGCUCUACCGCCGCUACUCGGCCACCGUCCUCAAGAUGGUGUCGUGCGCGCGCUGCGGCCAGGUGGCCGACAAGUACAUCGAGUACGACCCGGUGCUGGUGCUGCUGGACCUGGUGCUUCUCAACCGGCAGGCCAUUCGCCACAUCCUGUACAACACGGCCUUCCGCAGCCACUGGAAGCUGUACGUCGUGAUGGUGCUGAUCGAGGGCUACGUGACGUACAGCGCCACGGCCGCGGCGCCCGCCGCCGCCGAGCCCUGGCAGAGCGCGGACGCGGAGCGCGAGCUGCCGCCGCUCGACGCGCCGCAGCUGCACGGCGAGCGCCUCUUCUACGUCAUCUGCAUCGAGUCGCUGCUCGCGUCGCUCGCCUUCUUCGCGGCCUCGGCGCUGGGCUGCCGCGUGCUGGGCGUGGCCGUGCCCACGCUGCGCCUCGUCAAGGCCCUGGUGCUGGGCAGCUUCGCCGUGUUCCUGUGGGUGCCGGCGCUCAUCUGGCGGCAGCAAGGGGACCCCGCCCGCCGCUGGGUGGACGCCGCCUUCAUCAACGGCUACACGUUCCUGGGGCUGCUGCAGACCGUGUCCGUGCUGUGCGCCGCGCCGCGCGCCCGCGCCGCCGUGGUGGCCGCCCUGGGGCUGGGCGCCAAGGCCGCCGCCCGAAGCCUGCUCCGGGCCGUGGACGGCGAGGACCCCGCCUGACCCCGCACCUCCCCCCGUCGCUCACACCCCUUGAUCUCUAAACUGUGCCAAAGACUGUGUGUAAGCCGUUGUAGACGACUUGUCUCUCUCCAUGUAUUUUUCAUUCUCGUGAUGCGUCGUGGGGUUUAUAAAGCUACAAUAAGACGCCCUGGUCAGUCUGUCUAAUCCCCCGGAGACGGCCCGGCUGUCAUACUCGUCAUGUCGCUGCCUUGUCUCCCCUUUGUUGGCCGCGCUGACCCCGCGCCCCGCCGGCCCCGAGUCCAUCGUCAGGUGUGACGUCUGUCGCUUUGUCACCAGUGUCACGGCCACGCAAUAGUAGCGCACCGCAGCGUCGUCCAACGAGAGAGACGUCAUGUCGAGUUUGUCUAGUGCGAGAGAGAUGAGGGGCCCUUCCCCCGUCUCUCUCCAACAGUCUUGGCAUGGCUCAAGACUGUCUCUCUCUCUCUCGCUCACGGUUCAACGCCGCCCCGCUUGCCACGGUUGAGCGCGUCGGCCGCCCUUGAUGGAUGCAAAACGGCCUGACUUGGACUCGAAGCAGGCCAAGUCGCAAGGGAAACAUUUACUUCGACAGCAGCGACUUUGUCAUGCAUUUUUUACCUUCUCUGUCUCUCUCUCUCCAAUCGCCCUUUUCCGAACCCAUUCUGCCGAUGCAGUUAGAAAUGGCGUACGCCGUGUCCUGUCAACACCCCUCAAUGCGUUGCAUAUCAAUAUGCCCUGUGUGUUCAUGGGAAAGGCCCCAUUGAUGCAUAUAUGGCAACAUUUUUGCUGUCAGUCCCCCUCCUCUCCCCCUCCCCUCCCUCUGCGUCGCCGCUCGCUCCCCCAUUGUGUCGCGGGUCACCUUGGGGUCACCUUUCGCUCCAGUUUCUACAGAAUCGCGGGAAUGGAACGGCCAUGAAUCCGUGUUGUAUUGGGAGUAAGGAGGCGGAGAUGCGGAUGGGGAAGCGAGAAAAGGAAGAGGGCACAGAAAUCUCUCUCUCUUUUUUUCUAUUUUUUUUUCUUAAAGGGGGAAAAACUGUAACGUGCGAACAGUGACGCGUGAUGGUGCCACUUUCUCUGGGCAUCGCGUCAAAGAGGCGCAAUAAACUGGAGGCGGGCUCGGCAUGUGGCCCGCGGGGCAUCGGGAAAGGGGGGAGAAAAACAACAACAUCAAAUUGUGCAUCGGAGCCGAAGGGCUCGAAAAAGAGAGCUUUCUUUUCCUAUUUCCGCCUGCCGUGUCGUCUUUAGCCUCGGGCGACUCGCGUCUGGUCCGGGCCGUGUUGAUGGUGAGUUCGGUGAGCUGACCGCGUGGUCGGCCCGAGCGGUCGCGGAUCCAUUUAGAACUGACCGAGUGCACAAUGAGAAUGGAGAGAGAGACGCCCGCGGGGCCGGACAGUGAGCUUGACCAUUUUGUGCCCUGAUGUGAUGUGAUAUGUUAAUGUGUAUGUCUUUGGAAUAAAGUGCUCUGUGAUUUGGUUGCGCA